UAAUUUUGUUUGUGAUGAUAUGGUCAGCAUCACUGUAUGCUGAGAUUCUUGAACCUGGUAGGCUCGGUUUCUUGAUUCUUCUUGAUCAAUUAUCGGUUCCGUCCUCAAUCUCUGUUCAUCAUUCUCUCAUACGGCAAUUGGAAUUCUCAGCCUUUUGGUGCUUCAUUCGCUCGCCUCUGCAAUCUAGGUUUUCUUUCAUCUUUUGAUGUUGAAUUCUUAACUGAAUAGGUUUUCCCCUGUGGAAUCUUUCAUUUCCGAGCUCGUGAGAAGGAAUUCUAUAUUUGUAUCUGUUGUACGCUCUCUGAGAACCGCCGCCUUUGUUCUCCUUGGGAGAUAUUUGUGUAAAUGGCGGAUCUCAAAGAGCGGUUGCUUCCUCCGAAACCUGCAUCUGCUAUAAAUGUUAGGGAGGCUGUUAAUAAUAGGCCAUCGGCCUCCGGAAGGGUGCCAUUUCAAGGUGUGGAUGUUUUAGGGCUGAAGAAGCGAGGCCAGGGACUAAGAUCUUGGAUCCGGGUAGAUUCUUCUGGGAACUCCCAGAUUAUUGAGAUCGAUAAGUUCACUGUGAUGCGUCGUUGUGAUCUACCUGCACGUGAUUUGCGCCUGCUUGAUCCUUUGUUUGUUUACCCUUCCACAAUUCUUGGUAGAGAGAAGGCUAUUGUGGUCAAUCUGGAGCAGAUUCGAUGUAUCAUAACAGCUGAAGAAGUUUUGCUGUUAAAUUCACUUGAUAGUUAUGUAUUGCAGUAUGUGGUAGAGCUACAAAGACGUUUGAAAACCACUGGGGUCGAUGAGGUUUGGCAAAAUGAUGGAAAUCAUGGAGCUGACUUAAAUCGAAGAAGAGGAAGUAGGAAUUUCGAUAAUUUAUUUGCAAACACCACCUCUCCUGAUUAUUUGCCCUUUGAGUUCAGGGCUUUAGAAGUUGCUUUGGAGGCAGCUUGUACAUUUCUUGAUUCCCAGGCUGCAGAAUUAGAAAUUGAAGCAUAUCCAUUGCUAGAUGAACUUACGUCGAAAAUCAGUACAUUAAAUUUGGAGCGUGUCCGUCGCUUGAAAAGCAGACUUGUUGCUCUGACUCGUAGGGUUCAGAAGGUUAGGGAUGAAAUAGAGCAGCUCAUGGAUGAUGAUGGAGAUAUGGCAGAAAUGUAUCUCACCGAGAAGAAAAUGAGAAUGGAGUCCUUUGUUUAUGGCGAUCAGUCUGUGACUGGAUACAGGCCAAUCGAUGGAGCAUCUAUUUCAGCUCCUGUUUCUCCUGUAUCUUCACCGCCCGAAACUCGCAAGCUUGAGAAGAGCCUUAGCAUUGCAAGGAGUCGGCACGAGAGCAUGAGAAGUUCAGAAAGUGCCACUGAAAGUAUAGAGGAGCUCGAGAUGCUUCUUGAAGCAUAUUUUGUUGUCAUCGACAGCACUUUGAACAAGUUGACAUCGUUGAAGGAGUACAUUGAUGACACAGAAGAUUUCAUCAACAUCCAGUUGGAUAACGUACGGAAUCAGUUGAUCCAGUUUGAGCUACUGCUCACAACUGCAACAUUCGUUGUUGCCAUUUUUGGGGUGGUAGCUGGAAUAUUUGGCAUGAAUUUUGAAAUACCAAUGUUUGGGAAUCCUGAUGCAUUCAAGUGGGUUCUUCUAAUUACAGGAGUAAGUGGGAUUAUCAUAUUUUCUGCAUUUGUUUGGUUUUUCAGAUACAAAAGACUGAUGCCACUUUAAAGGUGUUGAUGGCAUUCUAAAAAAUUAGUCAUAUUCUAUGGGUAACAAAUGGAAUCCCAUUGGUUAUAUAUAUUAUUUCAUUUUCUUCCUCCUCUGGUUAAUGCCAACAUGAAAUGUAUGUAGGUGUAGAAAAAAACUUGGCUCAUCCAACCUAAUUUUGAAGCCUUUGUUCUCUCUGUUCA